AUGACGAAAAAAAAUUUUUUAAUAUGCCUAUUUUUUGACAUAUUUUAUUUUUUAAUUUCAAAAACGAUAUCUACAUCUAUUAAUAGAAUGUUAAAUAAAAGUGCUAAAACAGAAAUUAAUAAUAAUGAUAAAAAAAUUAUAAAAAGGGAUAUAUUGUUGGACCAAUGGGCACCAUGGAAUGUAAGCGAAAUACAAUAUUUUGUUAAGUCUCCAGUUAAUAAAAAUAAUGUUGAAAAAGCAAUUGAGCAUAUUGAAAAUAGUACUUGUAUAAAAUUUAAACAAAUUAAUCAAGAAUUUAAUGAUAAACAGGGUUUAAUUUUUAUAGAAGGUACUGUUUGUUCUUCGAAUGUUGGACUUAUAGAUAAAACCAAAUCUCAACCUAUAACUUUAUCUAGUUAUUGUUAUGAUAAAGUUGAAUUAAUUUUACAUGAAAUUGGACAUGCAUUAGGAUUAAUACAUGAACAAUCACGAAGUGAUAGAGAUGAAUAUAUUUCAAUUGAUCUUAACAACGUAAAGGAUAAAGAAAAACACAAUUUUCAAAUAAUGAAUUAUUCUAGCUAUAGAAACUAUUCAACUCAAUAUGAUUAUAUGGCUCUGAUGCAUUAUAAAUCAACUGACUUUGCUAUAGAUACAAAAAAAACAGUAAUUUCAGCAAAAUUAGGCAAAGCAUAUCAAAACAAUAUGGGCUUUAGUAAAAAAAUGACAUUUAAUGAAAUAAAACAAUUAAAUUUAUGCCACUGUAAUAAGUGCAAUUGGGUUAAUGACGAUGGUAGAAAAACAAAAACAAACGGUACAGAUAAGUGUAGAAAUGGUGGUUAUCCAAAUCAUAGUGAUUGUUCAAAAUGUAUUUGUCCAACAGGAUAUACAGGAACAUUAUGCAGGGAAAUAGAAAAAAGUGAUAAUGGAUGUCCUGAUCAAAAGUAUCAAGUUCAAUCUAGUGUUAAAAAUUUAAUAAUGAUGAAUAAAAAAACAUGUUAUAUAUUCUUAAAGGCAGAUAAGGGAAAGAAAAUAAAAUUAGAAAUAACUUCUUUAACUUCGACACUGAAUGUUAUUUGUAAGGAAGAAAAUUCAAACCAAAUUAAAUAUUUUAUAGAUAAAGGUAAUACUGGAUUGCUUCUUUGUAGUAUUCAUUGGAUUAUAAAACUUACAUCACAAAGUAAUUCUGUUCUUAUAAUAUACAGAGGACAAACUGACAAAGAUGCGCUAGCUGUUAGUUUUAGUGAAGCAGACGAAACAUUAGAAAUUACAUAA